AUGGGUGAUGAAAAAGCUGAAGAUUCACUGGCAGAAUUGUCUCAUGCCACAGAGAGUUUAAAGAUUGAGGGAGAACAUAAAGAAAACGGAGACACAGUGAAAUCAGAAAAAGUUAAAAUUGAUAUUCUAUUAAAAGCAACAGGAAAUGCACCAAUAAUGAAGAAGAAAAAAUGGGCUGUAGAUGCAGAGAAGCCAAUUGGUUGGAUAAUGGAGUUCGUAAAGAAGUACCUCAAAUUGGAGCCUGAUGAGAAACUGUUUCUGUAUGUAAACCAGACCUUCGCACCAUCGCCUGAUCAAAUAGUGAAGAAUUUGUACGAGUGUUUCGGCACCGAUGGCAAAUUAGUACUUCAUUAUUGUAAAAGUCAAGCAUGGGGUUGA